CACAACCUCGACCAACAAUCGCUCACAUAUUAUGCAUCUCCGCGCUCCGGAGAUAUGUCGAAUGACAUGAUUGCUUCUUCUGCUUCUUGUGUAUUUGAUCUCAAAUCAACAAAAGCAAUGGCUACCCCUCGUUGUGCCGUGCCGUCUCUGCGAACGCCAGAUUGAGGGGUGAAGCUUUAACAUGGCAGCAACGAACGGAAUGAACAACUCGGAGCACUUCUCACCGUAUAGAGCGGAUGGCAAACUGUACGGCUUCGUGUGCGUUGUAACUGGAGCAACUCAGCCUGUCGGAAAGGCGAUUGUUGCUGAACUUGCUGCUCACGGCGCAGCAUGCAUUUAUGCCUGCUCGUCCCUGCCCGACGAACCCUACGCUGAGCUCACCUCCAGCAUCAAUGCCCAGUACCCAAACACCAAGGUCAUUGGCUACCCCUACAAAAUUACUUCCGAAGAAGACACCCUCGCCCUAAUCGAUGAUGUGCUCAAUUCCUGGGGCCGCCUCGACAUCUGGACGUCUUCAACCGGUCUCCUCGGCCCGCCAUCCAUCACGACCACCGGUCCCAAAGAUCUCUACGCUGCAUUCGAAACAAACGCCAUGCCUGCAUUCUUCGCGCUCAAGUACGCGCCAGCCGCUAUGCAGAAGACCACACCUAAGGGCAACUAUCCCAACGCCGCGCCAAAAGAUGCUCCAUACGGAUCCAUUAUCGUAGUCACCUCCGUAGCCGGCACAUACGGCGGAUGCUGGGCACCAGCAUUUACCAUGGCAUCGCAUGCCGCACUCGGCGUAGUGAAGUCCGGCGUAACAGUCCUCAAAGGAACAGGUGUACGCAUCAACGCUAUUACAGCUGGACAGAUUGACGUGGGUGUAGAUCUGAAGGGGAGUGGGCUGAAGGAGAUGGAGAGCGGACAGUUUCCGCCUGCGGCGCUGCAGGAUAAGGAAGUGCAGAAGAGGACUAUUGGGCUUGAGAGGGCUGGUAGGCCGGAAGAGGUGGCGCGUGUGGCUGGGUUUUUGGCGAGUGGAUUUAGUAGCUAUAUUACGGGGGCAGAUAUGAGGGUUGAUGGAGGUGCUGGGGUCAUGAAUCCGCUUACUGUGCCUGUGUAGGAGUUAAUUGUUGCCUUUCGAGUGAUGAUGGACUCGAAAAUGUUUGCAUUGCGUUCGAAGUGCCGGCGCAAACCUUUUCACCC